GCCUCUCCUCGACCUCCGAAUCUACUCUCUUGUCUAUGCAGCUUGCUUCCCCUAUCUAUUUUCUUGAGGGAGGGGGAGAGAGGGACAACCAAGAUCCAAAUCUUGGCCAGCGACUCGAUCGGAUCUCCAGCCGACGCCGGCGACCAUGGCUCGCCAUCACCUCCUUCUCUUCCUCCCUCUUCUCGCGCUUGCCUUCUCCUUUGUCGUCGCCGCCCCUGAGAGACAGGGAGAUGCCGCGGCCUUCAUCGAUGGCGCAUCGCACCGCUACCUGAGGGAUCAGCCAGAGGACCAGGCCACGUCCAUGUCACUUGGUGAAGUUUCUGCAGCUGUUUCUGUCUUGCUUGGUUUUGCACCACCUGCCAUUCUUCCUGCACCUUCUUCUGCAAAGUUAAACAAGCUGCUACUCCCAAACCCAUUUGACAGACCUCGUUCUGUUUUCUUGAUGCAACUUGAUGGAUCCCAUGACUAUGUUAAUGGCUUCAUAUCUGAUGCCGGCAGUAUUUACAAAACCAAGAUUGAUGGUGCAAAAAGUGCUGCUAUAGAGCUUUCAGAUAAGGAUGAAUUGAUUGUCAUUCGUUCGGAUGAAUCUUCUGGAUUAGAUGUUCUUGAUAACGAACUCGCCAACUUGGCAACCUGGUUGGCGGGAUCCUAUCAGAAAGCUGAUAGCAAAUUAAACAUUCCCUUGAAGAGUGGAAACAGUCUUACUUUGUUCCUCACUAAGGAAGCAGACGUUGAAUUUGCAUCCAGCUUGAUCUCCCUUCUUAAAACCAUCGAAAGGGGUAUUCAGGUUCACGAAGAUUUCUCAGGAGGCAUGGUGAGCCCUGCAGAGUUAUUAGUAUGCCACUUCACGGGCAUUAAGGCUCUGGAAGAUGAAUAUGGUUCCGCAGAAAUUGUUAAGCAGGGAGCUGAAGUAGUUCAGACAGCUCUCACAAAAGCAUUUGAUCAAUUGCAGGGAGCAUAUAAUGGAAAAAUUGUUGGACUGGUAAUAUCCGCUAAGGAGGCUUCAACAUCCUUGGCAUCCAUCAUCGAUGCACCGUCUUCAUUGCAUAUCUCAAGACGGCUUGCAGAAGCAUCUAAAACUAAUGCUACAGCUUCUAUAGCUGCUAUAUAUCUUGUUAGAUUGAGUCUUGCAUGGAUUACAGGGAUCAUCCUUCUCGUCUCAACUCUCAUUGGGAUUUGCUUGCUCAUGAACAUGCCGCUUACGAGGGACACACUCCUAUAUUCAAAUGCCAAGAUUGAUUAGUUUGUGCUACAUACGAAUUUUCACACGAUGACAUGAAAGUUUUCAACAGUCAUGCUUGGUUUUUCCUUUGGAUCCUGGGGUUUACAGUAGGAACGUGAGUGUGGGCUUGCUGUUCAUGCAGUGUAGCAUAAAAAUACUGUUGCUAUGUCCUUCAUUUAGAAUCAUACUGCCACUGCCUGUUUGGGCUUCUCAUGUUUUUCCGUAAAUAAAUAACAAUAUUCGAGUGGGGUUUAUUUUGUUAAUAUCGGUCAUGAUUGUAUUUUUGCAAAAAGCAGUAUCUGAAUAAAUUCGCCACUCGAAUAUUCAUUGGGAUAUAUUUUGUCUUCAUA